AUGUCGACCAUAGCCUCACCGCGCGAGCCGCCGAUGCGGCGCAUGCCUUCCUCCUCGCAGACGCCGACGUCUAGCAACCGCCCAAGUCUCGAGACGAGCCGGUCUUUAUCAAGCUCACCAAGUAGGAACCCAGCUGGUGCAGCAUAUGGAGGUGCAGGGGGGCCAGCAGCCGGUGGCACCGCCCAGGGAAGUGCAUCACGACGGAACCGCGCGGCCUUGCGCGAGUACUACAACCUGAAGAAGACGGCCGGCGCUGGGGGCAGCACUCCUGUCCUCGAAGUGACAGAAGCGUUUGACGGGAACGGCAGCACCGACGCACUGCAUGCCGGCAUCCUCUCAAACUCGGAAGUACCACCAUCAGAGAUGGACGCACCCAGCUUUGAUCCCGAGGCAUUCGUGCAAAAGACGCUUCAAGGGAGCGGCCUCGAGGACCUGCUGCGCGUCUACACGCGCGUACUUACCGAGACGCGGGCCCUCGAUGCUGAAAAGAAGAGUUUGGUGUAUGACAACUACAGCCGGUUGAUCACAGCGACCGAGACGAUUCGAAAGAUGCGCGCUACGAUGGACCCCUUGAACCCCAUGGCGUCGACGCUCGAUCCUGCCAUUGCCCACAUCUACAAUCAGGCCAAGACCUUGCGCGAUGCCAUGCGCGCGGCUGUGCCCGCCCCCGACAGCGAGGCGACACAGGCGACGGCCGCGGUCCGUGCACGAAAUCAGAAGCUGGCGGCGACAGUCCUCCAGACACCCGAGCGGUUGCGGCACCUCGUGCAGGCCGGCCGUACAGAAGAAGCCGAGAAGGCCUGGGAGCGGCCACGGCAGCUGCUCGAGGCGUGGCGCGAACAGGGCGUGGGCGGUGACGACGUUGUCGCGUGUUUGGCAGACGGCGCCGCCGCAUUACGUGGCGAGCCGAGUCCUGCGGGAUGGAGUGUGCAGCCAGCGAGUGAGAUAUAG